GGCAGCUACCUCAAGUUUAAUGACAAUGGAAGCGUUUUAAAGGUCGGAGAUGUCUGGAUGAACCACAGUGCUGUACAUAUGUUGAUGGAAUGGAUGGGUGAGGGUGGAAGCCCAGAGCUGGCUUUGAAUGAAACUCACACAUCCAACAGUAGUGAUGAGUUGGUGUCUGAAUGGAUGAACAAGGCUGAUGCCAAUUCAAAUUCAGACCGGAGUGAAGAUCCUCAGCACACUGAGUUGCGUUGUGUCGUGACCGGACUCAGUGCCCCCUGGGUCAAUAUCUUAUGGCGGUCUUCUCAGGAAUCAUGGGAGAAAGCUGGUCAGACCUGGUCUUUCACUGACACUGGAAGAGGGUACAGGGUAGAGAGCCAGCUGAGGAUUGGACUAAAAGUAAGGUCUGACUGGGAGUAUGAGUCUGAGAAUGAGACUUCAUACCGUGUGCAGCAGCUGAAUUUGGAUAGGAUGGUGGAUAUGGAUGAAGAAUUGUGGUGUGAGGUCCAGGUUGGGGUGAAUUCCACUGUUCAGAGCCCAAAGUUUUCUUUCCUUCAGCAAACCCAUACUGACCCUGAGUGGUGCGAUAAACUCCUAUAUGGAGAAACAGCGCUUUGUGCGCUCUGCGUGUGUCUUCUCACUCUGCUGCUGUGUCACUGUCUCCAGCACAAGCACAAAGGUUCAGAACCGCCAGCGACAGAAGUGUCGCCAACAUCUGACUCUUAUAGAGAUGUCUACUCGGGCAUCACCUAUGCUCAGCUGGAUAUGAAGAGAAAACCCAGGACAGAGAGAAAACAAAGACAGGCCAAGAACCAGCAGGAACACAGUCUGGUGUACAGUGAAGUGAGAUACAAACAUCAGUGAAGAAGAGUACAACAGUGAGACGGAAAGAGAAAUUCAGAAAGAGAUACAGACCCACUGAUACAGGAGCACCCUGUAGACAGGCAGUUCUGUACAGUCAUUUGGUUUUUGAAAAUUCAAUGUUAACAUCUCUGAUUGUAGACUUCUGUUUACAAUGACAAGUUUGUAAUUUUUUACCAAAUCUCUUUAGUGUCCAUUCGAGCACUGCUUCAUGAAGCUGAGAAAACAUUUUUUAAUGAAAUAACACAAUUAAUGUGCUCCUUGUCUUGUAUAAUCAUCUUGUUGUCUAAUGAGAAAUAUGUGAAUU